CCCCGAGGCGGCUCCCCGUGGCGGGGUCCUCCCCGGCCGCCCCUCCCCCUCCCCAGGUGGCAGGUGGGGCGGGGAAGGAGCGUUCCGGUUUCCCGCAGUCCGGGAGCCUCUGCGCCCUCGCGCCAGCCGGGCCGAGCGCUGGAGACCAUGAAGAGCCUCAAGUCUCGCCUCAAGAGGCAAGAGGGGCCCGCCCCAGCCCCUGCCAGCGGGGCAGCCUGCUCGCAAGCAACAGAUUGGAACAAAUAUGAUGACCGACUAAUGAAAGCAGCUGAAAGGGGAGAUGUAGAAAAAGUGUCCUCUGUCCUUGCUAAAAAGGGAAUCAAUCCUGGUAAACUAGAUGUGGAAGGCAGAUCUGUAUUCCAUGUUGUUGCAUCAAAGGGAAAUUUGGAGUGUUUGAAUGCCAUUCUUGUACAUGGAGUUGACAUUACUGCGAGUGAUGCUGCAGGGAGAAAUGCCCUUCACCUUGCUGCAAAAUAUGGACAUGCUUUGUGCUUACAAAAGCUUUUACAGUAUAACUGCCCCACUGAACAUUCAGACCUGCAAGGUAGAACUGCACUUCAUGAUGCAGCUAUGGCAGAUUGUACUUCUAGCAUACAGCUACUUUGUGACCAUGGAGCCUCAGUAAAUGCCAGAGAUGUGGAUGGGCGGACACCACUGAUACUGGCCACUCAGAUGUGUAGACCAGCAAUAUGUCAACUUCUUAUUGAUAGAGGUGCAGAUGUUAAUGCCAGAGACAAACAAAACAGGACUGCCCUUAUGUUAGGUUGUGAGUAUGGCUGUAAGGAUGCUGUAGAAGUUUUAAUUAAAAAUGGUGCAGAUGUCAGCUUGUUGGAUGCCCUUGGUCAUGAUAGUUCUUACUAUGCAAGAAUUGGUGAUAAUCUGGAUAUUCUAACUUUAAUGAAGACUGCAGUUGAAAAUGCAAAUAAAGGAAGAGAACCUUCAAAGAAAGGACCAUCUUUCCAGCAGGUAUCUCAUGUUCCAUCGAAGUGGAAUCUGUUGCCUAUGCAAGAUGAAGUAAAUAUAAAAUCAUAUCAGAGGGAGCAGAAAAAUGUUCAGGUAGUGCUCCAGGAAGCAGGCACACUCAAAGAAAUGGAUCUAGAGGCUGAAAAUGAAGAUUUGAAAGAAAAGUUGAGAAACAUUCAACAAGAACAAAGAAUAUUAUUAGAUAAAGUCAAUGGGUUGCAACUACAGCUAAAUGAGGAAGUAAUGGUUGCUGAUGACCUUGAAAAUGAGAAAGAAAAACUGAGAUCCCUUUUAACAGCCAAGGAAAAACAGCAUGAAGAAAGCUUAAGGACUAUUGAAGCUCUGAAAAAUAGAUUUAAAUAUUAUGAGAGUGACUAUGGGGGAACCUUCAAUAAUCGAAAAGAAGAUAUGCUUCAUAAGCAGAAUCAAAUUUUUGUUACAGAAUCACAGUAUACAUCUUCAGGUAUUCCAGUGCCAGCCCACAUACAAACAAGGUCCAUGCUAAGACCAUUGGAACUGUCCUUAUCCAGUCAAACUGCCAUUUCUGAAAAUGAGAUUUUAAAGAAAGAGUUAGAUGCCAUGAGAGCCUUUUGUGAUUCAGCUAAACAAGAGAAGAUUAAGCUCCAAAAUGAACUGGCCCAUAAAGUGGCAGAAUGCAAGGCUUUGGCAUUAGAAUGUGAAAGAGUCAAGGAGGAUUCUGAUGAACAGAUAAAGCAAUUGGAAGAUGCUUUAAAAGAUGUGCAAAAGAGAAUGUACGAUUCAGAAGGUAAAGUAAAGCAAAUGCAGACUCAUUUUCUUGCUCUGAAGGAGCACUUGACGAAUGAAGCAGCUUCAGGAAGUAACAGAUUAACCGAAGAACUAAGGGAGCAGUUGAAAGAAAUGAAAGCAAAAUAUGAGGGGGCUUCUGCUGAAGUAGGGAAGCUGAAGAACCAAAUCAAACAAAAUGAAAUGUUAGUAGAGGAAUUUAAAAAGGGUGAAGGGAGACUAGUAGAAGAAAAUAAGCGAUUGCAGAAAGAAUUUAGCAUGUCUGAAAUAGAGCGAGAGAAGAGAGGAAGAAAAGCCUUGGAGAUGGAAGGCCAGCUAAAAGAAUUAGCAACAAAGUUGGCCCUCUCCAUCCCCCCAGAAAAAUUUGAAAACAUGAAGAGCUUAUUAUCAAAUGAAGUGAAUGAGAAAGCAAAAAAGUUUGUAGAGAUGGAAAGAGAAUAUGAAAAAUCACAGGCUGAAUUUAGACAGUUAAAGAGAGAACUUGAGAAUUAUAAAGCUAAACUCUCUCAACAUGUAAGGCCAGAAGAACAUGAACAACUUAAGGACAAAUUUGAACAAAAGUCAGGUGAAUUUGGAAAGAAGAUCACUGAGUUAACUUUUAAGAAUCAGACAUUACAGAAAGAACUUGAGAAGGUUUGUGCAGAUAAUAAGCUACUAAGCCAACAGUUGCAGAACUUAACAAUUGAGAUGAAAACUCAUUAUAUUCCUUUAAAAUUGAAUGAAGAAAUGAAAAAAUCACAUGCUUUGACAGUUGAUGAUUUGAACAAAAAAGUAAUGGAUGUGACACAGAAGUGUAAAGAAAGAGAAAUGGAAACUGAGAAGCUGAUGGUGGAAAAAACCAAUUUAAGUAAGAAUGUCAGUCGUCUUGAAGCUACAUAUAUCCCUCUAGAAAAGCAUGAAAAAGAGAUAAUGGCUCUAAAAUCCAAUAUCACUGAACUCAAAAAAGAACUUUUAGAACUUAAUAAAAAAUGUGGUGAUGGAAAAGAAAAGUUGCAUGUAAUCACAUCUGAGAAUGCAAAAUUGAAAAAGGCUAUAACUGAGCAGUAUGUGCCUGUUACAACCCAUGAAGAAAUUAAAGCAGCAUUAAGUAGUACAUUGGAUAAAACUAACAGAGAAUUGACAGAUGUGAAAAGAAAACUUGAAGGUAUAAAACAAGAAUUUAUCCAAAUAAAAGAUGAGAAUGGAACAUUAAAAAAAAAAUUAGCAGAUUCUAAGAACCAAAUGAAAGCUGAGUUUAUCAGCAUAAAAGAGCAUGAAGAUAAAAUGAAUGCUGUUAACAAAAGUCUAAAAGAAACACGGGAAAAUAAUGCUGAAGUACUUGCAAAAUAUAAUAAGGGUCAAGAAGAGAUUUUAGCAUUGCUUGUUGAGAUUGAAGCCCAGAAGAAGGAACUUGAUACAAUACAAGAAUGCAUUAAGCUAAAGUAUGCGCCAAUUGUUAGUUUUGAAGAGCGAGAGAAAACCUUUAAAGCCACUGUGAAGGAACUCAAAGAUCAAUUGCAGGCACAGACACAAAGAUGCAGUGUAGGGGAAGAGGAGGCUUGGAAAUGUCAGCAAGAAAAUGAAAAGUUAAAGAAUGAAAUCCUCAUGAUCCAGAAAGAUUUAAAGAAUAAGGAUAUUCUCAUCAAGAAUUCCCGUGAAUUGGAAAAAACAUUAAACCAAAAAACAGAAGAGCUUAACAGACGGCUAAAGGAUUUGUCUGAGAAGUACACAGAGGUAAAAAGUGAGAAAGAGAAACUUCUGGAAGAAAAUGCCAAACAGACCUCUGAAGUACUUGCAGUAAAAGCAAUUUUGCAGAAACAACAUGUUCCCUUGGGGCAGGUUGAAGAGCUGAAAAACUCGCUUAAUGGCACAAUUGAGGCUCUGAAAGAAGAGCUUAAGGACAAGCAGAGGCACCAUGAGGAAGCUCAGCGGGAAGUGGCUGAAUGGCAACAGAUGUUAGAGAAUCAAAAGCACUCUUCUAUGUCCCUGGUGGAACAUGUGCAGAUAAAGGAAGCGUUAGAGAAAGAAGUUGGGUGCAUGAAAGCUAGACUGAGUGAAAAAGAAGAAGAAAGUCAAGACAAAACAGAAAAGAUCUCAAAACUUCAGGAUGAGAUUCAGAAUUUGAAGCAAGCAUUUAAGAAAUUAGAAUCUAGAGAGGUUAUUGAUUUAUCAGAAUAUAACAGAGUGAAGAAUGCCUUAGAAGCACAAAUUACCAAUAUAACAGAAAAUAUGACCACCUUGAAUAAAAUGUAUGAGGAAGUUUGUGAAGAGGCUGCCCGUGCCAAAAAGGCAGAACUAUCUGCAAGGGAUGAAAAGGAAUUGAUACAGUUGAGGAGCUUGAGCAUUGAACAAGAAAUUAAGGACCAGAAAGAGAGAUGUGACAAAUCCUUAACAACAAUUACUGAUUUACAAAGAAGAAUGCAGGAGUCUGCCAAACAAAUAGAAUCAAAAGACAAUAAGAUAACAGAACUGCUUAAUGAUGUGGAACGACUAAAACAGGCCCUUAAUGGUCUCUCACAGCUUACCCACACAAGUGGGAAUUCUACAAAGAAAGAGAACCAACAGGUAGAAACACUUCAGCACCAGGUGAAAUCUCUGCAACAGCAGUUGGCUGAUGCCGACAGACAGCACCAAGAAGUAAUUGCAAUAUAUAGGACGCAUCUUCUUAGUGCUGCACAGGGUCACAUGGAUGAAGAUGUUCAAGCUGCCUUACUACAGAUCAUCCGCAUGAGGCAGGGGCUUGUUUGCUAGAGUACUUAGUCGUGAUGUGGUGAACAACUGCUUUACCUUCUUGCUAUGGGUCUUACUGUAUUAGCAUAACUGAAAUUAAAUGUACUUUUUUUUUCUAGUAGGAAAAAAUGAAAUGAGAAAGAUGUCUGUUGCUAUUACAGUAUCAUCAAUUUAUGUUAUAUUCCAAAUGUAUUUAUUGUGUAUUUUGAGGAAAUUUAGAAUAUUUAAAAUUAUUACAAAUUUUAUAGUCAAAAUAAUGACACAGUUGAUUGCUACUACUGAUGUCAUAGUGACUACUUUAAAAAAAACUUUGGUGCCCAUUAGAAAACAUGAAAUCAGUUAUAAAUGAGUCCAUAUAAAUUUUUUUCCAGCUAAAACAGGUUGUUUAGAGUUCUUUUAGAGCAUUCAAGUUGGUAGCUACUUUUGAGUGAAUCAAGACACCUCCUUCUGGUCUUUAGUAGAGCAGUGUCAAAUAAGAUGUGAUGUAGUGUCGAGAAAUGUAUUGUAACUUGGCUGGCCAAGUUGCAUUUCUAUUUAAGUAACUUAAAUUUAAGUGCCUUUUCUUUUACUAGAGGUACAGAUUUUCUCCUCAUACACUAAUAAAUUUUAUGCUUUUUUUUUACAGAGAUAUUUUUGCCUUAAUGCUUUGUAACUGAUUAUAUUUAGAUUAGGAAUAGCUGGGCUGGAUCUUAUCAGGAGUUUCAAAAUUAUCUGUUAAUUUCCAGUACAGUGUCUUAAUUUUUACUUAAAAUAGUGAUUUUUCAUGCUCUGAUGAUUAAAGAACUCUUUGAUAAAUUAUGUGCUAGAUUCCUUAAAGUGUCAGAUCUUUAGCAACAACUUUAAAAUUUUGCCACUAUAAUAACUAAAAUAGAUAUUAAGUGUCUUGCAACUGUUUCAAGUUUAUUUAUAGGAAAGUUGCACCGAGAGGCGAUUAUAUUUUGACAUCUACCUUUUUUGCAAAUUAAACAUAAAAACUUGCCUUUGUGAUUUUAAUGGAAAAUACAAUUGUUAAAGGUGAAAAUUGCAAGAAUUCUCUAUAUCAAAAAAGUUUGAUAUGCUGAUAGUAAACAGUCUAGUAGAACCAGCUGUUUAAUAUAUCUCACUAUAAAAAGCUUAACUGUCAUAAUUUUAUUAUUAAUAUUGUUUACUCUUCAAAUGGGGGGGGGAGUUUCCCUGUUUAUACCAAACAAGGCCAAAAGAAUAACUAUUUCAAGCCAAGUUUUCUUGCAUUAAAGAGAAUGUGACUUUCCCUAGAGGGUUAGUGCUUUCUGAGACAGAUUGUGGGUCUAGGUGUCUGACAAAGCUCAGGGCCAAAUGCCAUCAAAAUGGAAACUAUCAAAAUGGAAACUGCCGCCUAGAGAAAACUGGCCUCAUUUGCUAAAUGGAGGGCUAUAGCUGGAAUAGGAAUUUCUAAGCUGUAUUUUUCAAAAAACUCAUUAAUGUAGUGUUAAAUUUUUCAUAAGGAAUAUUUAACUCUUUUAUUAGCAUGAUUAAUGCUGCUCUUCUGUUCUAACAUCUAAGUGGAAUCUCUUAGAAUACAAAUUGUAAGGGUGCAUAUGUUAAAUUUAAGUUUUAAUUUGCCUUUUGUAAUUUUGUUGAAACUCUUACUAGAGAGAAGUUGCUAAACUGAAAGUGACAUUUCAAAAUUGUAUUUUCCUAAUUUUUGGGAAACUGUGUAUUUUAUUUCUCCUGUAUCCAUCAAUAAAAUGCUGCUUUCAAUGAA